CUAGCUACCGACGAACCUUUUGUCUCACAGUUUCUGGAUAGUAGUGUUCCGCCAUUCGUUUCAAUUCGCCAUCUUUCGAGAUCUGCCACUCAAUAGAUCUAUGUGGGCGUGGCUUGAGCCUCACGAUCUCUACUGGAGACGAGUCUCCACCAAAAUGCAUUCCCAUUUACAUACAAAGGACAAUGUCGGGUGUGAAGAGAUUAUGAACGCCCUAGACGAAUGCCACGCCCGCGGAUUCCUCUACAAAGCCGUCGGUGGCUGCAAUGAGAUCAAGCGCGAGGUCAACCGGUGUCUUUCAGGAGAGAGGCAGAAGAAGAGCAAGAAGAACCGCGAAACGGGCUUGGAACGCAGGAAGCGGGUGGAAGCAGUGUGGGCUAAAAUGGACAAUGGCGACUUCUCGGAUCUCGAAGCGAUCAUCAACGGUACUGAAAAGAAAUGAAGAUGCGAGAACGAUGGGGACACCAACUUUCAAUCUCCACUCAACCUGCAUACAAGAGGCGCAAUUGCAUUGGCAGCACAAAUUAUGAUGCGACAAGCAGCCAAAGAUUAUGAAGAAGCCCUGAUUUCAUGUACAACAGAAACCCUCUCCACAGAAACUAUACUGUCGAAGGAAAUGUCACACUAUCUACCACCUACCUACGGUUUACAGGUUUCAUUUCAUAAAUAUCUCAGCGAGCAUCCUGUGGAAGAUGGGGAAAUUGAGUCGGGGCCAUACGCCGCGAACGACAGGUCUCGGUAUGGUGGGUGCACAGGAGCCUUGCAAAGAAACCAAGCAGUGGUUGCAGUCAUUUGCACAUUAUCUGUUACCACCAUCGAUUUGUGAGAAGAUCUCGGCGUUUCGCUUCCCUGCCAUUUCCUCGUUCCUUGUUCCAACACAGUCCUCGAGGCUCCCUCAGCACGAGCACCGGUUUAUGAUUCAAUUGACCUGUUUGAUAUGACCUAGCAUGGCUCCUUUUACGCGUUACCGGUACAUACAUGGCUGUAGUCAUGUCUACCUCAACGGCCGUUGCAGUUUGUAGCAAACAGGUCUCAAUUGUAGCACGUGAUCGUGUAAUUUGCCAAGUUUCAUACGGCCGACCAUAAGACUGCCAAGGUGAAAUAGGGCGGAUCAUG